AUGUUGUUCACCAAAUACUUGAACAGGUGGGAUGGUGGCUCAAGACUGCUGGCGGUUAAAAUAAUUCUGCUCUUCUUCUUCCUUCCUGACUGUGUCAAUGAGCAUUUGAAAUCCAUCUGCAUCCAUCCUUCCAAAGCUCGAAACAAGAUUAGCACCUCCAAAUCUCAAAUGAUACUUGGAGGAUUUAUUUCCCUUAUGUAUAUUGAUGAAGUGAUAGAGAGUUUAACAAAAGAGCCAUACUCCGCCAAAACUGGACAUGUGGGAGAAGAAAUCUUUUUUGAUGAGACGGGAGACUUUGACCCAAGAUACGAUAUCUUCAACUUGAUCGUCUUUAAAUCUUUCCAGAGAGUCCAUGUUGGAAGGAUGGACUCCAGAGCUCCUGAGGGAAAAAUAUUCACCCUCAAUGAAAGUGCCAUUGUGUGGAAUCACAAGUUUCAGCAGCUCGGUUUUGGUCAGUUUGACCCAGUUCUGAGUGAUAAAGAGCAGUUCCCUUAUUUCUUCAGUAUGGUUCCCAAUGAUAACGUCCAAUAUGAAGGCAUUAUUCAUUUACUGAAACAUUUUGGAUGGAACUGGAUUGGCCUCCUAGCAUCAGAGGAUGAGAAUGGGGAAGCCUUUCUUCAAAGAGUGAAACGCUGCACUGGGAAGGAAGACCUGGCCAGAGUCCCUGGUUCCGUGUUUGAAAUGACCAUGUCUGGAGAGAGCUACAAUAUCUACAAUGCAGUUUAUUCUGUAGCACACGGUCUGCAAGCAAUGCGUUCAAGAAGAGCAAAGCAAGCUGCAUUGAGGAAUCCGAAGGGAGCAAAUCCUGAUUUUCAUUUUCAGCCAUGGCAGCUUCACUACUUUUUGAGAAACACUCGCUUUAAUAACAGUGUGGGAGAAGAAAUAUUUUUUGACGAGAAGGGGGAUUUUGAUCCAGGGUACAAGAUCUUCAACUUGGUUGUCUUUCAGAAUAGAUCUUUCCAGAGAGUCCAUGUUGGAAGCAUGGACUCCAAAACUCCUGAUGGAAAAAUGUUCACUCUCAAUGAAAGUGCCAUUGUGUGGAAUCCCAAAUUUCGGCAGGUACCUCCUAAGGCCAGAUGUGUGGAGAGCUGCCUCCGGGGCUACAGCAGGGUUGUUCAGGAGGGGAAACAAUCUUGUUGCUACAGUUGUAGAAAAUGUCCUGAAGGAAGAAUUUCAGUCCAAACUGAUGCAGAUCAAUGUGAGAGAUGCCCAGAAGAUCAAUAUUCAAAUGCAGAAAGAGAUCAGUGCCUUCCCAAACAUUUCAGCUAUUUAUAUUUUAGUGAACCAUUAGGAAUCACUCUGACUUUCUUGAUUCUUUUCUUUUCGGCAACCCUCAUUUUGGUGGCAUUGACUUUCUUUCUUCACUGGGACACCCCCAUUGUCAAAGCAAACAAUAGAAACAUCACAUGUGUCCUUGUUUCUUCUCUUCUCCUUUGUUUUCUCUGUCCCUUUUUGUUCAUUGGUUGGCCUGGGAAAGUGACUUGCAUUCUCAGGCAAACAGUCUUUAGUAUCAUUUUCUCCAUUUCAAUUUCNNNNGUUUUGGCCAAAACCAUUACAGUCGUCCUAGCCUUUUUGGCCACCAAGCCAGGAAACACAAUGAGGAAGUGGCUAGGAAAAGGUCUGGAGAGAUCAGCCAUUGUCCUUGGCUCCUUCAUCCAAAUUGUUAUCUGUGGGGUGUGGUUGAUCAUAUCUCCUCCCUUCCCAGAAUUAGACAAGCAUUCACAGGUUGAGGAAAUUAUUGUGCAAUGUAAUGAAGGUUCGGAUAACAUGUUCUAUAUUGUCCUGAGCUACUUGGGAUUGCUGGCCACCAUCAGUUUCAUUGUGGCAUUCUUUGCAAGGAAAUUACCAGACACUUUCAAUGAAGCCAAGCUCAUCACAUUCAGCAUGCUUGUAUUUUGCAGCAUUUGGGUGUCCUUCAUCCCAGCCUAUCUGAGCACCAAGGGAAAAUACAUGGUGGCUGUGGAGAUCUUCUCCAUCUUGGCUUCUGCUGCAGGCCUACUGGGUUGCAUCUUUCUCCCCAAGUGCUACAUCAUAAUCUUAAAGCCACAACUUAACACAAAGCAACAUUUGACCCGAAGAUAAUUUAAUGGUUGAAUUCAAUUUGAAUUCAUAUUCUAUUUUUCAGCCUUUUAGUAGUGAACCUGGGUAUCCAUGGGGAGAAUCUGAAUAUUCAAUAUAUUCAGUCAUAACUCUGCAAUCAAACCCUGUUUUGAAUGAAUAGUUUAUAUCUAUGGAGUUCUGUUACUGUGAUUUCUCAUUACCUUUUAUUCAUUUCCAUCACUCAUUUUUUUCAGGAAUCUGGUGGUGAGCCCCCUUUCACUUUUCAGAUAUCUUUUGCUAUUAGCAUAUUAUAAAAUCAGCAAGGCACACACAAACAGAUGUUCAAUUGAAUUUUAACCUUAAUAUGAAAAACAUCAAAUUUCACUUUUGAAUUAUAAACUGAGCACCUCCCUGAAGCAUGUUAAUCACCAAGAAUAUACUUCAGUUGUGGGCAAUCCUGACUACUGUGUUUCCCCAAAAAUAAGGCAGGGUCUUAUUU